AUCUCUGGAAAAGAAACUAUUCGUAGAAAGAAAGGAAGACAGAGACAACGAAACCCACAAAGCAUUUAGCCAGGAGAGAUUACUAAUCAGGGUUGGAAGUAUAGGCAAUGGAGGAAAUAUCGUCAAGGAAAGAGAUGACAAGGCCAGGAGCACCAGCUGCUGUAGUCAGUAACCCUUCAUUUCUUCCGGAGGCUAUUAAAGCCAUUCUCCAGUGCCUGGGCAUUGAAACCAAAAUCAAACAAAACCGUUCCACAGAUGGCCAAGUCAAUGGCCAAGUCAAUGAAGCAACAGCUAGUUGGCAAGAAUCUUCUUCAUCCAGCACUAAAGAAGCUGUAGAUCCUCCUCCAACUUCAGACCCAGAUCCACCAAGCAGAACAACAACAGACCCUCAAGCUCAAGUUGAUGAUGAUCAUCCUUCCUCUUCCACCACAAGAGAUGAUCCACCGGAAGUAGUUACUUUUGCGGGGCCUCGGAGGCCAGGAACAAGCCAUGGAAGUGGACCUCAGAUAAAUUAACAGGGUUCUGGCUCUUUGGUUCACGAUUAAUUAGUUAACUAUUGUGCAUUUAAACAAGCUACUUACCCCUGUUGGUAAACGUGGUAAGAGUUUGUUUCUUUUUAAGGAAAAUCUCAAACUGAAAUUUUUGAUUCAAUGUGACUCGAUUUUGGAUUAAUUAAAAUUAAAGUAAUUG